AUGGGGCCACUUUUGGAUGUUUCAUAUGAGUCUGCUAUUCCUCAAUCUCCAGGCGAUUCCCACAAUAACAAUCACAAUCCUGGAGAUGCAACUAUUUUAAGAUUAUUAAAAAAUGAGUUGCGCAAAGAGGUUACUUUGAAAAGAGAGGCUUUAGCUCGUGUUGAAGAUUUGGAAGUAGCAUUACAUUCACGUGACGUACAACUUAGCCGGCUAACAAAAUCUCUUCGUUACCGAGUGGAAGACACUGAAGCUCAAGCGGACCGACUAACCAAAAUGCGGCUGGAUGAAAUGGAGCAGGCUCGAGAGACUGCAGAUGAGCUCAAAGAUUGUAUAAAAAGACUUCAAGAACGAGUUUCCAACGAUAAGGCCGCUCUUAACGAAGCCGUAGGCUUUUAUUUUUUGUUCUGA